ACACACCCAUCUCACCCCACCCCAUCCUGUAUUAAUGCUUCCAAUCCUCUUUGUGGGAGAGUGACGUCUGCUACUGUCAGAAACAGAGUUAAGCUCAGCAGGCAUCGGGAGAACGGAGGGGAGAGAAGCUCCACAGAUAACCAAGCAGCACUGCGUUCAGGGCCUCCAGGGGGACGAAUCUCUGCUACCUAUUAAACAAGACCUGACUGUCCUUCCCAGCGGCUGCUCAUGACUCCGGCUAGGGACAUACAGGUGUAGUCAACUUCAUCAACAGGUUAGCUAAAAACUCUGUGCCCCUGUCUGAGGGCCUUAAUGGCCUCAAACUCAAAGGAUGAGAGCUGACAAAGUGGAAUACAAACUCUCCUCGGGCAAACAACAUUGUUUUAAGGGACUUUUGUUGCUGUUGCUUCUGUAUUUUUCGGAUUUUUGAAAACCUGAAUUUGUGAAAACUUGUAUUUCUUGCCAGUUCUACCUGCUGCACUGGCCACAAAACAGAUGGCAAGGCAGCUUCCUCUCAUGUCAGGUGUGUCUGAAAGGUUUUUGUGUGAGCAUGCACUCAAAGCAUUGGGGGUUUAUGAGUGCUUAUAAUUGAACAGCAAUUUGAGUGUGUUGCCGUGUGUCUGUUGAGAGCUGCUGCUGAGACUUUGUGUGUAUGAAACAAGUCAGAAGUGCUUGAAUUGUGUCUGUGCGUGUGUGUGUGUGUGUGUGUGUGUGAGCGAGACAGAGGUAGAGAGAAAGGGAAGUGGGGCCCUGUAGAGGUUGUAGCCCUGGAUUUCCUAGAGAUGGAGGGUCAUGGUUAUGACCGGUUUGGAGAUGGAGAGAGGGACACUUACCAAAUUGACUACAGGAGGAUUGUAGGGGACAUGGAACCAGCACGACCGCGUAUUUCAAACAGAGAUGGGGAACAACCUCACCCCUACGGGGCCUAUGCCCACCCAAUGCCACAUGGACAUGGACAUGAGACUGCAGCCCAGCGAUACAGUGCUACACGUAUCCAAGCUGGAUAUGAACCAGAGAGCAUGGCAGACUACCUGAUCAGCGGAGGCACAGGUUAUGUUCCUGAAGAUGGUUUAACAGCACAACAACUAUUUUCUAUUGGUGAUGGACUUACAUACAAUGACUUCUUGAUCCUCCCUGGUUUCAUAGACUUUACUUCUGAUGAGGUGGAUUUAACCUCUGCAUUAACAAGGAAGAUAACCCUGAAGACACCUCUUAUUUCAUCUCCCAUGGAUACAGUCACAGAGUCUUCCAUGGCCAUCGCCAUGGCAUUGAUGGGUGGGAUUGGAAUAAUUCAUCAUAACUGUACAUCUGAGUUCCAGGCCAAUGAGGUGCGCAAAGUGAAGAAAUUUGAGCAAGGCUUCAUUACAGACCCAGUGGUAAUGAGUCCCCGACACACAGUGGGGGACGUUUUUGAGGCAAAGAUAUGCCAUGGGUUCUCUGGGAUCCCUGUUACAGAGACCGGCAAGAUGGGCAGCAAGCUGGUUGGCAUAGUCACCUCCAGAGACAUAGACUUUCUGUCUGAGAAGGACCAUGACAGACCCCUAGAGGAGGCAAUGACAAAAAGGGAAGAUUUAGUGGUUGCACCUGCUGGAGUCACACUAAAAGAGGCUAAUGAUAUACUACAACGUAGCAAAAAAGGGAAGCUCCCCAUAGUGAAUGACAGUGAUGAGCUGGUUGCCAUCAUUGCUCGGACUGAUUUGAAGAAGAACAGAGAUUAUCCUCUGGCUUCCAAGGACUCCCGCAAACAGUUGCUGUGUGGAGCUGCUAUUGGUACGAGGGACGAUGACAAAUACAGACUGGACCUCCUCAUGCAGGCUGGGGUGGAUGUGGUCGUCCUGGAUUCCUCCCAGGGAAACUCAGUGUAUCAGAUCAACAUGAUAAACUACAUCAAACAGAAAUAUCCUGAACUACAGGUAGUUGGAGGAAAUGUGGUGACAGCUGCUCAGGCUAAAAACCUCAUAGAUGCCGGUGUGGAUGCACUGAGGGUGGGCAUGGGAUGUGGCUCCAUCUGUAUCACCCAGGAAGUGAUGGCUUGUGGACGGCCCCAAGGUACAUCAGUGUACAAAGUUGCAGAGUAUGCUCGGCGUUUUGGAGUGCCAGUAAUCGCUGAUGGAGGCAUUCAGACUGUUGGACAUGUGGUGAAGGCACUGGCCUUGGGAGCAUCUACAGUGAUGAUGGGGUCACUGCUCGCGGCAACCACUGAAGCUCCAGGAGAAUAUUUCUUUUCAGAUGGUGUGCGUCUGAAAAAGUACAGAGGAAUGGGCUCCUUGGAUGCAAUGGAGAAAAAUAACAGUCAGAAACGCUACUUCAGUGAGGGAGAUAAAGUGAAGGUGGCUCAAGGUGUCUCAGGAUCAGUGCAAGAUAAAGGCUCCAUCCAUAAGUUUGUUCCUUACCUCAUCGCUGGCAUCCAACACGGCUGUCAAGACAUAGGAGCUAAGAGUUUGUCCAUUUUACGGUCAAUGAUGUAUUCUGGAGAGCUGAAGUUUGAGAAGAGAACCAUGUCUGCUCAGAUGGAAGGAGGAGUCCACGGCUUGCACUCAUAUUCUUUUGUGCCAUUUAUGAAAAGCGGCUUUACUGAGGGGGGUGGAAGAGGAAACACUCGAUCAGGACCUAGCGUCCCGACCCCAGCAGCUAUGAGCAGAUGCACCGGGCGCAUGUGAUCAAACCACAAACACAAUGCUGUUGUCGUUGCACAACAUCCACACCCUCUCUUGUUCUUGUCUGGCUGAUCUCUGACCCCUUCAAAGAUAGCUGAAACAGCACAUUGUAGUUACAUGGGUCUAAAGUUCAAAAGCGAGUCAGAGGGUUCAUGUCCAUUACAUGAGCUCUUUAUCUGUCUUUAUCCCUCUGUUGCCAAGGUGUAGUGGGGGUAAUGUAAUUAAGGGUGCAGUGUGUAACAUUUAGGAGGAUCUGUUGGCAGAAAUUGAAUAUUUACAGGUCUAUUUUCAUUUUUUUAUUCUUAAUUUUAAAAUGAGCUGUUUUUAUCUACAGAGGGAGCGGGUCCUCUUCUACUGCUCUUCUAUUAUUUCUAAAGUAGCACAGAACGAACAAACAAAACUCUGGCUCUAGGGCCUUUCGUGUUUUUCAUCAGUUCUGUGGCGAAUGUAGUUUCUCCACUUGUAAUGGGAGUUGGCCACUUAGAUGCCACUAAAUACUACACACUGGUCCUUUAACUAUACUGCUGAUCCCUUUUAACAAGAUAACGUGCAAUUAACUAAUUUAGGACAAGCUUAUUAUUGUUGAUCUAAUGACGUCUAUCUCCUUGUUGGCCUCUGUUGCACCCCGAUACACAACAAACCUGGUAUUUCCAUGCUCAUUUAAUAUAUCACACAAGAUUCUUCUUUUUGCAGGAAAUUAGAUUUUUAUUUAUAGAAUAAGACAGGUAAAAAAGAAAGAAAAGAAAGCAGCAUGUUUUGGCAUAAUGUUUUGAAUGUUUAACAUUUUAUUUAAUUGAAAACGUUACAAUAGCUGUAAUACAAGCUCUCUGAUGAUAAUGAAAGCAGACUCCAGAAGUGUAAAAUAAUAUUGAAUUAUAUCUAUGGUCAAUUUUCAAGCCUGCGACCUUGUGUACAACGCUUACAGAGCCAGGGGGAAACAUACAGUAUAGUACAUAUAAUACAAUUAACAUCUCAUUAUCUACAUACUGCACCGGUUAUCAAAGUAGUAGUAGUCAAAGUAAUUUCUCUGACAGGUGAACAUUUGGCUGGUACAUGGUGGAUGCUCUGCCCUGAUCACCCUGCAUGUAUUCUCACACCCAGUCGGUGAUCUCUUUGAAUGUGCUACACUGCUGCAGAAGGGACCAAAGCUUAGCAUCAGCCUUAAUUUACAUAUCUGUAACAAGGAGCGCCUUAAAGGAGCUAUCAUGUGUAAUCUUACUGUGUUCAUCUUAUUUGGCAUAGAAAAUACUAUAUUGACAAGACAGGAGGCUACCCAUGCUUUACAUUUCAGUUAUCUGAUUAUAAAUUCAUACAUCAUGUUUAUAUAAUACAAAUGAGUCUGAGUCACAUUGGCUUGACAUAUUGUGAUCUUCCAUAAUUUCAUUUAGCAAAAAGCCCAUGAUUAAUUACAUGACUAUUAACUGUACAUAAUACACAAUAAAGUAGUAGUUAUUUGUCAUUUGUUUUUCAGGCUCAGCAUUUUAGCAAACAGAGAGUCAAUGAAAUAGAGCUAUGAAGUCAGUGGAGUAGGGUAUAAACAAUUGCCCAAGUAAGAUUUAUUUCUUUAUAGAAUUGUAGACAAGUUGAUUUAUCAGUUUUCAAUGUGAUUGUUUAUUUUUCUGGGAGGUAUUCAAUGUCGUUGGUAUUACAUAUGACACUUUAUGAUUAACUCUUGAUCUGAAUUUUGCAAUAACUUACAGAAAAUAUAUUCUUCUUCCAUCACCCACCCUAAGGCUUCAAAAUUAUAUUUACUGUAAAUAGUGUUGAAUAAAGAUUUUUUGACGAGGGUA